AUGGCGGAAAAGGGGAGUGGAAAUAUGGAAAAUAACAGCUCUGGUGAUGCAGUUCCUGGACGAACAGAGCAGAUAUUAUGUCAGCCAUGUUCCAGUAAGGAUAAACAAACUGUAGCUGAUGUGUUUUGUUCAAUUUGUGAUGAAUUUCAAUGCAUGGAUUGUUCAAACAUACACAAAACGUAUGCUUUCAUGAAAAACCACAAAUUAGUGAACGCAAAAGAUAUUAAAGAGAAACCAGUCUGGUUUGAUAUGAAGGGAUUAGACCAAUGUGAUGAGCAUCAAGAAGUUUUGAAAUUCUUCUGCGAGGACGAGAAUCAGCUUUGCUGCAGUACUUGCGCUAUUGUGGAUCACCGGAAAUGCCACAGUGUCGUAGAAAUACAGAAAAUUGCCGGAAGGUCUGCAUUAACAAGUUCCGAGUUAAAGGCCAGCGUGCAGGAUAUAAGAGAGAAAGCUGAAACUGUCGUUAGAUAUACCAAGUCGUCCAAAGAGCAACUGGAUCAAGAUGUUAAAGAAGUAUCUUUAACAAUUAUACGAAUGCGUGAUAAUGUAAUGAAAAUGUUCGACGAUUUGGAACGUUCCGUUGCUAAGGACGCUGAAUCAUUUAAGACAGAAACACUCAAUAAGCUGACCAAAAAGCAGUCUGACAAUGAGAAACAUAUUGCUGAUGCAACAAAAUCUCUGGAAACAAUUGAUAACGUUCAUCAGAACGGGACGCCAUCACAACAGUUUAUACUGAAACAUAAAAUGAAGAAACAAGUCGAUGAACUUAGCAGCAACGUUGACAAGGAAUGUCAAAGGUUGGAGACCGUGACUAUUUCAUUUGAUUUUGAUGAAACAUUAAAAAUACCCCCACUUCUGAUUUCUGAUUACAUUCCGGGGCAACUGACAUUAAAAUACUCCGUACCGGAAGCUGUGAAACCUAUAACACCUGUAGAUCCGAUUGUUAAAUUAACGAAGAUUACUUCCAUUGAUCUCAAGCAGACUGGAGAUGAUGUCGAGGAACCGUUAUACUCAGGACUGGAUUUCCUGCCGGAUGGUAGACUGGUUGCCGUGGAUAAUAAAAACAAGAAAUGUUUGAUUUACAAUGAGAAACUUCAGAAAGUAGGAUCAUAUCAGUUAUCGUAUAUGCCACUGAGUGUUGUUGCUGUAUCUGAGGAGGAAGUGGCGAUAACAAGUACUAGUUACUGUACGAUAGACUUUCUACGCGUCAGUAAAUCUAAUGAAAUAACUUUUAUCAGGAAAUGUAAAGUAAUGACAAAGUAUGGGUCUAUAUGUAUGAAAGAUGAGAGAAACUUUGUUGUUGGAGCUUACGAUGAUACAAGACCAGUUCGUAUUGUGUCUCUGUCAGGAGAAGAGAAAGAUUUCAAUAUCAAAUUUCCUAACAAGAAAUAUCCUAUAGGCAAUAGUGCUUGUACAUAUAUUAGAGACAGUGAUAAAGUGGUUCUCACCGAUAGUGACGAGCAUACUGUCUACAUAUAUGACAUCAAGAGCAACGCCAGAGUUGUUGUCAAGGACGACCAGAUCAAGGAACCACGUGGUGUAGCAGUAGAUACAUCUGACUAUAUCCUGGUUUGCAGUAAUGAAAUAAACUCCAUUGUACAGAUCUCUCAAACAGGUCGGAUCCUGUCAUCGUACAAAUUAGAUAUGAAACGCCCCUACAUAGUCUGUGUUUCUAAAGACAAAUCACUUAUUGCUGUUUCAAGUAACUUGAAUGGUGGAAGAAAGUUGCAGCUAUUAAAAGUAACAUAUUAA